AGGGUUGAUCGUUGUUACUUUUAUCCUCUAUGCUUCAUUUCUCUUAGGCAUAUUCUCUAAGAAUUCAGUUAUAUAUCCAGCUACAAAGAGUUUCCGGUUACGCCUCUCGCGACGACUCCAGUCAUACUAGCAUAAUUAUUACACCUAAUCCGUCCCUACUUGCCGCGUGAUCGUCGUUUCUUGUCAAGUAAUUCGUGAGAAGAAAAAGGGACAGACAAACCCUACGCAACUCUCGCCGAGAACAACCGGUUUCGCCGCAUUUUCUUGGGAAAACUAUAUAAAUACGGUCUGGUCGAUAGACGAACAUUCACAUAUAUAGACGAUGGCCCGUACUUCACUGGAAUCUGAGCGGCCGAUCAUGGCUCAUUCGAAUCGCAACUCAAAACGUUUCUCGACCUACAGCGGAGUCCCCUCGCUCGCGCCUUCCGAUCAAACCACCAGCACUCUUCCUAGCGGUGAUCAACUGGCCGAAAUCAAAGAAUAUACCGACGGCGUAGAGCGUCUUGAGAACAAACCGCUUAGCCAGCAGCGCUUUGUGCCUUCUGCAGAAAAGACGGAUAAUCUGAAUAAACUCGCUCUCGGCGCCAAAGUUGAGCGCGCUCUCGGAAGAAGAAUGACUGGACAAGAUGCUGUUAUGCGAAAGCCCGUUACUGCGCUUGAUGAGAAAAAGGCAUUGGAGGAGAACUAGGCUUCUCUAUUUCUUUGGCCAUGAAUAUCUUUCUACUUGCGUUUAUGUCGUGUGUGGUGGGUUUGCCAAGGGAAGGUUCAAGCCUUUCCACGCUCCUCACAUCUGAUGCUAUAUGGUUUCUCUUCCGGUCUGUCCAUGGAGUCGCACGAUGUCACAUUUUCAGCUUUCCCCUCGUUUUCAGUUUCGAUACAAGAUUUUUUUUGUUUUUCUGAGAUAUCAUUAAUCUCUCACUUUGAUUACCCCGUCGUGUUGACUAGCACGUUUUGCAUGUUUAUGUUGAUGUUGAUUUUCAAUCUGUCUCUACUUUGGGAUUCUGUCACUUUCCUCGCCGCUUUAUAUACAUGAUAUACUUGAUAUACUUGGUGUCAUUUGACUCUAGGCCAAUUGGAUCAUACUCGGCAGAGUUCCAUUCCCACGACUUACGAGUAUGUAGUUGAACUAUAGUAGUCCACUUAAACCCCUCUGAUCUGCCUGAUUAGAAGUCAUGAAUUAGAGAGUGGACUUAAAAUAACA